AUGAAGGGUUUCAUCGGCGGAAUUCCUGUCGCACUGCUGGCAGUUGCUGCCCAGGCCAAGUUUGCUGAAAAUCAAGCUGCUGAUACCGCUGCCGGUGGGCCUUCUACCAUUGAUAGCGAGACAGGCUUCAUCCGCCCCAACUCCGCUAGUAUCAAGCCCGAUACCCAGGUCAACGGGUGGAACAAUGAUGGCCACCCCGUCAAUCUGCAGCACGCGGAUGCGUACUCUCGCCCUUCGGGGGUGCCUGUGCCUUUUGGCCACCCCGGCUUCCCAGGCGCCCCUCAGGUCCCUGGAAUGGGACCCUUUGGAAAACGAGAUGGUCCAUCUCGGUCUGUCUUUGAUAACGACGAUGAUGAGCACAAGGGCGACUUUGGUCACCACCACUCUGACGAUGAUGGGUACAAUAGCGUCUUUGGUCACUACCACUCCUACGAUGAUGAGGCCAGUUCCGUCUUUGAUGACGACCACUCUGACCAUCAUGAGGACAAGGGCGACUUUGGCCAUCACCACUCUGACCAUGAUGAGGACAAGGGCUUCGAGAUUUCUGGGGAUGGUGCCUCUACCUCCUUCCGUCGCCGUGGGUUCCCUGGCGCCGCUGGACCUCACUUCGAGGGCCACCCCGAGCCUCACUACGCGCCUCACACUGAGACCAAGUAUGAGCCUCACCCCGAGCCUCACUAUGUGAAUCACCCCGAGCCUCACGUUGAGAACCACCCUGAGCCUCAUCACGAGCCUCACUAUAGCCCCACCUAUGCGCCUCACUACGAGCCCCACACCACACUCGACCAUGACCUCACUCAGGUCAAGGAUAACGAGAACGGUGUUAAGGCCGGGAAGAUCUCGUUCAGUCGCCGUGGGCACCCUGGCGCCGGCGGGCCUCACUUCGAGGGCCACCCCCAGCCUCCAGCUGGACCUCACUUCGAGCCUCACCCCGAGCCUCACUUCGAGGCUCAUACUGAGUCCGAGUAUGAGCCUCACCCCGAGCCUCACUAUGUGAACCACCCCGAGCCUCACGUUGAGAACCACCCUGAGCCUCACCACGAGCCUCACUAUAGCCCCACCUAUGCGCCUCACUACGAGCCCCACACCACACUCGACCAUGACCUCACUCAGGUCAAGGAUAACGAGAACGGUGUUAAGGCCGGGAAGAUCUCGUUCAGUCGUCGUGGGUUCCCUGGUGCCGGUGGGCCUCACUUCGAGGGCCACCCCGAGCCUCACUACGCGCCUCACACUGAGUCCGAGUAUGAGCCUCACCCCGAGCCUCACUACGAGAAUCACCCCGAGCCUCACGUUGAGAACCACCCUGAGCCUCAUCACGAGCCUCACUAUAGUCCCACCUAUGCGCCUCACUACGAGCCCCACACCACACUCGACCAUGACCUCACUGAGGUUAAGGAUAACGAGAACGGCGUUAAGGCCGGGAAGAUCUCGUUCAGUCGCCGUGGGCACCCUGGCGCCGGCGGGCCUCACUUCGAGGGCCACCCCCAGCCUCCAGCUGGACCUCACUUCGAGGGCCACCCCGAGCCUCACUACGCGCCUCACUCUGAGUCCGAGUAUGAGCCUCACCCCGAGCCUCACUAUGUGAACCACCCCGAGCCUCACGUUGAGAACCACCCUGAGCCUCACCACGAGCCUCACUAUAGCCCUAGCUAUAACCCUCACUACGAGCCCCACACCACAGUCGAGCAUGACCUCACUGAGGUCAAGGAUAACAACAAUGGCCUGAAGGCCGGGAAGGUCUCGUUCAGUCGCCGUGGGUUCCCUGGCGCCGGCGGGCCUCACUUCGAGGGCCACCCCGAGCCUCACUACGCGCCUCACACUGAGUCCGAGUAUGAGCCUCACCCUGAGCCUCACUACGAGAAUCACCCCGAGCCCCAUGUUCACAACCACCCCGAGCCUCACUACGCGCCUCACUACAGCCCUAGCUAUAACCCUCACUACGAGCCCCACACCACAGUCGAGCAUGACCUCACUGAGGUCAAGGAUAACAACAAUGGCCUGAAGGCCGGGAAGGUCUCGUUCAGUCGCCGUGGGUUCCCUGGCGCCGGCGGGCCUCACUUCGAGGGCCACCCCGAGCCUCACUACGCGCCUCACACUGAGUCCGAGUAUGAGCCUCACCCUGAGCCUCACUACGAGAAUCACCCCGAGCCCCAUGUUCACAACCACCCCGAGCCUCACUACGCGCCUCACUACAGCCCUAGCUAUAACCCUCACUACGAGCCCCACACCACACUCGAGCAUGACCUCACUGAGGUCAAGGAUAACAAGAACGGCGUCAACGCUGAGAAGAUUUCGUUCAGUCGCCGAGCGUACGCUCCUGCUCCGGAGGUUGAUGCCACCGGUUCUUCUGGCGAGGAUCGUUCUGAGGCUCCCCAGUGCGCGGCCCAGGUCCAUGAGGUUGUCCGUACCGUGACCAAGACCCAGUACAAGACUGCUGAAGCAACACAUGUCGCCUACCAGUCGGCUCCCGUCGUGGAGGCCAGUGCCAUCCCUGUCCAUGCUCCCCAGCACUCCGUUGGGGCUGAACCUAUCGUGAACCCCUACCGUGGCUCCGCCUUUGCAGUCCCCACUAGUGCCGCCUUCUCGCCCUCCCCCCAGCACUCCGCUGGAGCUGACCCUCUGGCCUACUCUGGCGCCUCCGCCUCCGCCCCCGCCUCACAGCACUCCGCUGGAGCUGACCCUCUGGCCAACUACGGUGCUUCCGCCCCAAGCAACCAUGCUUCUCACCGUCCUAUGAGCCAGGCUGGCGAGUACUCUAUGAUCCCCGUGCAAGUGCCCGUGGCCACCCCUGUCUCGCAUGGCGCCAUGUCCCAGGCUACCUCAUCUAACGGCGUGGCCAAGAACGUGCCCAGUGGUUCCUCUGUCGAGUACAACACCUCUCCUUCUUCCUCUGCGUCGGCUUCUGUCUCUCAUGGAAUCAUGUUCCAGGGUGACGCUGCUCGUCUCUCUGGCGGAAUUAUUUCCGCCGCGGCUGCUGUCAUGGGUGUCCUUGCCUUCAUCCUGUAG